UCAUCUUGCAACUAUUGUUCCAUUUCAAAUCGACCCCUUUGGAAUCUUUCUUUUGAUACCACCAAUUCAGAAUGGCCACACAGACAAAGGUAGUAUCUAGGACCGAGUACCUUGCACAACGCCUACGUCUACUAGACUUGGAAAAAGCUCACACCCGGCAAAGCGACGAGCUUGCAAAGCUUCGUAGGGAACUCCCUGUUGUCCAGGUCCUGGAACAAUACACCUUCACCACACUCGACGGUGCAGGCAACAAAAUCACUGUCGCACUCGAUGACCUAUUUGACGGUCGUCCUCAACUCAUCAUCUAUCACUUCAUGUUUGACCCCGAGGCCGAUGCGGCUUGUCCCUCUUGCACACUCUUCGGCGACCACAUUCCUCCCUUGCAGCACCUCAAUUCUCACAACACAUCCUUCGCCGCCGUGUCUCGUGCUCCUAUGGACAAGAUUCAGUCUUAUAAGGAUCGCCUUGGCUUCACCUUCCCCUGGCUAAGUUCUCACGGCAGCUCUUUCAACUAUGACUUCAACGUCACCACUGACCCUGCUAUAAAGCCUGUUUCGUACAAUUUCCUCGACGAGGACCAGCUGAAGCAGCGUAACAUUCAUCAAUUCUUUGGAAAAGGCGAACAGCCAGGGACUUCGGUCUUCAUAAAAGGUGGUUUUGGGAUUGGCGAGGAAGGAAAGAUCUACCACACCUACAGCACCUAUGCCAGGGGCGGUGAGAAGCAGAUUGGAACCCUCCUCUGGCUUGACCUGACCCUCCUGGGAAGACAGGACCAGCGCACCGAUGGUUUGGGGUACAAACGCCGCGACGAAUACACUCCACAAGACCUCAGGCCAACCGCGUCUGUGACCUUCAUAUAG